CUCUUCUUCCUGAGAUGUAAGUCGUGGUACAGCAAUGUCGAAACCUAUCUCGUUCGGAUUUGGCAAACAAAAACCUCCCUCUUCUGUCCCUAGCGCUCGACUCCCCACUCGCAAACCCAAUGGACCGAUCCGGCCCUCAUCCACUAAAUCACUCCAACCACUCCAUAACGACUCCGAUAAUGAAGACGAACAAGAGCCAAGACACGAGUCAGUUACUGGCUUUUCAUCAAGUGGUGCUAUUCUAAGCAAGCCUGUACAGGAGAAUCAGGAGAGGAUAAUUGAAAACCCUGGAAAUGGCGAUUGGCGGAAACGAGGGCGCAAGAACCUUUUACCGGAGGAUGUUCAGGUCGCCCAAAGCCAAGGUGGCGAUGUCGUAAUGAUUGAGAGACAGGAGGCAAGCACAAUAGGAGGUAUACAGCUUGCAGAGAAAGGAGAUCAGACACCAGAGACAAAUGGACACAAGAACGGUCCGGAAACACCUGUGAUCGAAGACCACCCAAAAGUCCUGACCGCAGACGAGGAGGCUCUCAAUGCACUUCUUGGUGACGAUUCGAACAAGCCCAAAUCAACAGCAGUGAUUGAUCAGCAAGGGAAUACCAGGCUUACUCAGAGGGACGAGACCCAAGAUUUCAGAGAGGACGUGGCGUCUCGGCCCGAGUCAUGCACGCUGGACGAGUAUGCGGCUAUGCCCGUGGAAGAGUUUGGUCUGGCUAUGCUGAGAGGCAUGGGAAAGAAACGUCGAGCCAAUGGCGAGGUGAUCGACCUGACUCCAAAAACCGAUGACAAGACUGUCAAAGUGCGAAAGCAAGAAGGAUUUCUCGGCAUUGGCGCCAAAGCUGCCCCAGGAUCAAUCUCUGAGAUUGGGGCAUGGGGCAAAGCUGACAUGCGCAAGAACAACAAAGGGGAAGGUUUCUUUACGCCGUUAAUGCGAGAGAACAAAUCCACUGGAGAGCGCAUCACAGAAGAGGAGUUCCAAAAGCGUAUUAAAGAAUCCAAAGGCGAAAAAGCCGAGGAAGAUUGGCGGUCGCGACGGGACCGAAACCUCGAAAACAGUGGAAGAGAUCGUGGGCGAGACUCAGACAAAGCCAACGAUCAACGCAGCUAUCGCGACGAGAUGAAUUCAUUUUCUCGGGUGUCUUCUUCGAAGCGCGACAGAAGUGAUCGGGAAUAUGACAGUUCAAGAUCAAGAAAAGAUCGAAGCAGGUCAAGAGAGAGGAGACGACGUGAUGAUAGUCAUGAUGACCGCGAGAGUCGGCAUCGGGACAAAUACCGGGACAGAGAUCGUGAUCGAGACGAUGGCAAAUAUGACUCCAGCUCGUCACGUCGAAGUCACCGUGACAGUGACAGAGAACGGAACAAAGAUGGAGCUGAAAAGCGAGACCGUGACCGGGACCGCGACCGGGACAGGGAUCGCGAUCGCGAUCGCGAUCGACGACAUCGAGAUAGACAUUAAACAGAAUACAAUUAUAUUCUGCGGGGCGUGACA